GUGACACAGGCGCUCGAUUGGACGCUCGAGGUGCUGCCCGCGCGGACCUCGAAGGCGGAGGGGCUGCGGCGGCUGCUGGAGCACCUGCAGAUCAAUCCGCGCCGCGUGAUGGCGGUGGGCGACGGCGAGAACGACAUCGAGAUGAUGCGGAUGGUCGGGCUGCCGGUGGCGAUGGGCAACGCGAUGGAGCCGCUCAAGAGGCACGUCGCCUACGUCACCGCCUCAAACGCGGAGGACGGCGUCGCGAAGGCGAUCCGAGAGCACGCGCUC